AUGAACUACCCCUUAACCUUGGACAUGGACCUCACGAACUACAACUUGGAGGACCUGGAAAAAUCUACAGGAGACUCAGCAUCCUUCUCCAAGAGGAAAGCCAGGUCCUCACUUCCUUCCCCUUCUGUCUCCUUGCCCCUGCAGUACAAGGAAUUGGGCAGCUACAAUGACAGCUCGGAGCCCCCCGUGGUGGAAAAUCACCUCUGCUCUACAGUUGAGGGGCCCCUCCUGACCUCCUUCAAGGCCGUGUUCAUGCCUAUGGCCUAUGGCCUCAUCUUCCUUCUGGGUAUGAUGGGCAACAUCCUGGUGCUGGUGAUCCUGGAGCGGCACCGGCAAACACGCAACUCCACCGAGACCUUCCUGUUCCACCUGGCGUUGGCUGACCUCCUUCUGGUCCUCAUCCUGCCCUUUGCUGUGGCCGAGGGCUUUGUGGGCUGGGUCCUGGGCACCGGCCUCUGCAAAACUGUGAUCGCUCUGCACAAGAUCAACUUCUACUGCAGCAGCCUGCUCCUGGCCUGCAUUGCUGUGGACCGCUACCUGGCCAUUGUCCACUCCGUCCAUGCUUACCGCCACCGCCGCCUCCACUCCAUCCACAUCACCUGUAUAACCAUUUGGCUGGCGGGCCUCCUCUUCGCCUUGCCAGAGCUUCUCUUCGCCAAGGUCAGCCAACCCCAUCACAAUGGCUCUCUGCCCCGCUGUACCUUCUCCCAAGAGAACCAAGCUGAAACCAAUGCCUGGUUCACCUCCCGCUUCCUCUACCAUAUCGGAGGAUUCCUGCUGCCAAUGCUGGUGAUGGGGUGGUGUUAUGUAGGGGUGGUACACAGGCUGUGCCAGGCCCAGCGGCGCCCUCAGCGGCAGAAGGCAGUCAGGGUGGCCAUCCUGGUGACGAGUGUCUUCUUUCUCUGCUGGUCACCCUACCACAUCAUCAUCUUCCUGGACACCCUGGCGAGGCUGAAGGCCAUGGUCAAUAGCUGUGAUCAGAAUGGCUAUCUCUCUGUGGCCAUCACCUUGAGUGAGUUCCUGGGCCUGGCCCACUGCUGCCUCAAUCCCAUGCUCUACACUUUCGUUGGCGUGAAGUUCCGUAGUGACCUGUCACGGCUUCUGACCAAGCUGGGCUGUGCCGGCCCCGCCUCCCUCUGCCAGUUCUUGCCUAGUUGGCACAAGAGCAGUCUCUCUGAGUCAGAGAAUGCCACCUCCCUCACCACCUUCUAGCUCCCAGCUCCCCUCUGUUUCUGCUUUCCUUGGCGGAUGCAGUGAUG